UCGCAUGCGAUACUCGUGGCGAUUCGCACACCGCGCGUAUUUGUUGAAACGGAACGCGGGGGAAAACAAACACGUUCUCUUUUUAAAAUUUCGAAAUAUUUCUUUUUAAUUUUUGAGUUUGACACAACAGAUAUUCGAAUUAUGUUUUUUUAAUAUUUUUUGUGCUAGUUUUGUGAUUUGUGAAAAUGGCCAGUGCGUUCGCAAUGCUCCAAAGUUUGGGGAGGAAAGUGCGCGGGAAAGAGCAUCGGGAAUGCAGGACGCUGCAAGUGAAUAUGCCUUUGUCAAGUUCUGUUGACAUUGAAUUUACAAAUCUAACCAUGAAAGUGUCCGAGGGAUUGCGUUCUAAAAAAAAAACAAUCCUGAAAGGCGUAUCCGGGUUGUUCAGGUCCGGAGAGCUGACGGCCAUCAUGGGUCCCUCGGGCGCCGGCAAGUCUUCCCUAAUGAACGCCCUUACAGGAUUCUCAACAAAUGGCGUGACUGGCACAGUCCGAGGUGGUGACAGCAUUUGUGAGCUUGACAAGCGGGAGCGCUCGCUUAGCUCGCUCAAGGCGUACCGCAAAAAGUCCUGCUACAUCCUGCAGGACGACCGCCUCAACCCGCUGUUCACAGUAGCAGAGCUGAUGAGGUUCGCAGCCGAUAUGAAGCUGGGGAACACCUUGAAUGAGGAACUUAAGACAUCUGUGAUAAACGACGUUCUCGAGACCUUAGGCCUACAGGGCACGGAAAACACGCGGUGCUCAAAGCUCUCAGGAGGUCAACGCAAGAGGCUCUCCAUAGCGGUGGAACUUAUCGACAAUCCUCCAGUCGUGUUCUUGGACGAACCCACCACAGGUCUAGACAGCUCCACAUCAAUGCAAUGCAUCGAACUGUUGAAAAACUUAGCCCGGGACGGUCGCACGAUCGUCUGCACCAUCCACCAGCCCACCGCCUCCGUCUACUCGAUGUUCGAUCAGGUCUACAUCCUAGCUGACGGCCUGUGUAUCUACCACGGAUCCAGCUCGAACACAGUUCCAUACCUCGCGUCCGUAGGCCUACAAUGUCCAAAGUACCACAAUCCCGCCGACUAUAUUUUAGAAAUCGCGAAUGGCGAAUACGGCAAGUUCAACGAGUUCCUAGCUGAAAAGUGUACGAGUCAGGAUUGGGGGGCGAAAGUGGCGCCACCGGAGCCGCUUCCUAAUGGCAAAGUGGAUUCCUUCCACUGCGGCAAGAUAUCCAUAGUGGUCAACCCUCCUCACGAGCUUUACAAAUUCGGAAUCCUGUUUCGACGGUGUCUUAUACAGCAGUAUAGGGAUUGGACAGUAACUCACCUAAAAGUGUUGCUGCACAUAGUGAUCGGGGUGAUCCUGGGGCUACUCUUCGAACAGGCCGGCAACGACGGCUCCAAGACCAUCAGCAACCUCGGCUACCUCUUAGUCUCGGUGGCCUACCUCUGCUACACGUCUCUGAUGCCAGCCGUACUCAAGUUUCCCUCCGAACUGCCGGUGUUGAAGAAAGAAAACUUCAAUAACUGGUACAACUUGAAGACGUACUACGCGGCAAUACUCGUCACGGGCAUCCCUAUGCAGAUAUGGUACAGUUUCGUGUACUCAGCUCCGUCGUACUUCCUGACAGGCCAGCCGGUGGAGUUCUCCCGGUUCCUGAUGUUCGUGAUGGUGUUAGCUAACGUGACGCUGCUGGCUGACGCUAUCGGGAACGUCAUCGGGACCUGCGUCAAUCCUGUCAACGGCACAUUCCUCGGCGCCAUAACGACUUGCGCGAUGAUAGUGUUCGCGGGCUUCCUAGUGUUGUUUGCUCACAUGAGUCCCACCAUGCGCAUAGUGUCGUACGGUUCCUUCAUGCGAUACGCCUUCGAGGCGCUUGUCCUGACUCUGUACUCGGGAGGCCGGCAAAAGCUGCCCUGUCCAGAGGAUAAGCCCUACUGCCAUACGAGGUACAAACUAAUAUUGAUAGGUUUUCUAAUACUAGAAGUGGUUAACCUAAGUGAAGUUAGCUAUUAUGAAGUACUUGGUGUGUCUAAGCAAGCUUCUACUCAAGAAAUAAGGCAGGCUUACAAGAAAUUAGCUGUAAAGUUUCAUCCUGACAAAAAUUCUAAUAUUGGUGAAGAAGAGAAGUUUUUAGAAAUCACAGAAGCUUAUGAAACCUUAAAAGAUCCACAAAAAAGACGAAAUUAUGAUCUCUUUGGAUCAUUUUCUUCAUUCACAAGAAGAUAUGACCAUCGCUCAGAAUCAGAAUACAAUAAUUUAUUCUAUAAUGGUCUGUACCAUGGUGACCCAUUUGUAGACACCCUGACAGGCCAGACAUUUUACAGCUAUCUAAAUGAAGGAUUUCAUUUUAUCAACUUCUAUUCACCCUUUUGCCCGCCAUGCCAAAACUUAGUGGAGCAUUGGAAAAAGUUGGCUGAAAUAUACAAGGGAAUUGUUAAAGUUGGUGCGGUCAACUGCAAAUACCAUAACUCUUUUUGUUACAACUCUAUGAGAAUUGCCAGCUACCCUUCGUUACUGUUUUACCCUAAUGGAAGACGAGGUAACUUCGUGCAUUACCGCGGCGAGCGCACCCUGGAUGCCCUCGACCAGUUCCUGAUGUCGUAUCUAAACACUCGCGUGCACGUGCCGAUAGUCCACCGACUAAGGAACGACAAGCCGAUGGCUUACGUACUCGGAGCCAACAGGAUCGAGCGGGCUGUGCUGAGUCGAGUCGCGUUCCACUUGUUCCUGGUGUAUCUAAACACUCGCGUGCACGUGCCGAUAGUCCACCGGCUAAGGAACGACAAGCCGAUGGCUUACGUACUCGGAGCCAACCGUAUCGAGCGGGCUGUGCUGAGUCGAGUCGCGUUCCACUUGUUCCUGAUGUCGUAUCUAAACACUCGCGUGCACGUGCCUAUAGUCCACCGGCUCAGGAACGACAAGCCGAUGGCUUACGUACUCGGAGCCAACAGGAUCGAGCGGGCUGUGCUGAGCCGAGUCGCGUUCCACUUGUUCCUGAUGUCGUAUCUAAACACUCGCGUGCACGUGCCUAUAGUCCACCGGCUCAGGAACGACAAGCCGAUGGCUUACGUACUCGGAGCCAACAGGAUCGAGCGGGCUGUGCUGAGCCGAGUCGCGUUCCACUUGGUAAACAUAAGAUGUGCGCCAUUAGAUCAGUUCCUGAUGUCGUAUCUAAACACUCGCGUGCACGUGCCGAUAGUCCACCGGCUCAGGAACGACAAGCCCAUGGCUUAUGUCCUCGGAGCUAACAGGAUCGAGCGGGCUGUGCUGAGUCGAGUCGCGUUCCACUUGUUCCUGAUGUCGUAUCUAAACACUCGCGUGCACGUGCCUAUAGUCCACCGGCUAAGGACCGACAAGCCCAUGGCUAAUGUCCUCGGAGCUAACAGGAUCGAGCGGGCUGUGCUGAGUCGAGUCGCGUUCCACUUGUUCCUGAUGUCGUAUCUAAACACUCGCGUGCACGUGUCCAUAGUCCACCGGCUAAGGACCGACAAGCCGAUGGCUUACGUGCUCGGAGCUAACAGGCUCGAGCGGGCUGUGCUGAGUCGAGUCGCGUUCCACUUGUUCCUGAUGUCGUAUCUAAACAGUCGCGUGCACGUGCCGAUAGUCCACCGGCUCAGGAACGACAAGCCCAUGGCUUACGUACUCGGAGCCAACAGGAUCGAGCGGGCUGUGCUGAGUCGAGUCGCGUUCCACUUGUUCCUGAUGUCGUAUCUAAACACUCGCGUGCACGUGUCGAUAGUCCACCGGCUCAGGAACGACAAGCCGAUGGCUUACGUACUCGGAGCCAACAGGAUCGAGCGGGCUGUGCUGAGUCGAGUCGCGUUCCACUUGUUCCUGAUGUCGUACCUGAACACUCGCGUGCACGUGUCGAUAGUCCACCGGCUCAGGAACGACAAGCCGAUGGCUUACGUGCUCGGAGCUAACAGGCUCGAGCGGGCUGUGCUGAGUCGAGUCGCGUUCCACUUGAGCAAUUUAAUCAAUUUAGUCAUCGUAGAAGACGAAAAUCUCCGGGAGCAGCUAACAAAGAACGAACGCACAACAGUUGUGUUCAGGUACAAUGAAAUUACCAAAGAAAUUGAGAGCACCGAAGAAAAGGAGCUGUUAAGAGAGCUAGUGAGCUCACUGCCAAAGAUUGAUCUCAUUGGCCCAGAAGAGUUCAAGGACUUACGAAACCGUCUUAGAACUACUCUAAAAACGCCUUGGAUCAUUUAUUUCUCAGCCAAAGGUCAUGACCGACUACAGCUAUACCAAAUGAGGGUGGCCUUUCCUGAAAUGUAUUUUGCUGAAAUGGACUGCGACAAGUGGAGCGAGCUAUGCGCUUCCCUUCAAGUGGCAGAUGCCCCCGCUUGGGGCGUCAUGAAAGUGGGCGGGGCUUACCAGCUUGCCCCGCCCAACGGGGACUUACGGGACUUCAUACAAACGGCGUCUGAAGCUGUCAACCUUCACACACUGUCUGCUUCGGAGUUCACUCGGAUACUGGAUGGAGAUGCAGGCAUGUGGGUGCUUGUAGUAGUGCCGCACCGGCUGUCGUGGGAACACAUCGCGGAACCCUUCACGCAAACCAGUCUACACUUCUUGGAUACAGAUAUUAGCUUCGGCGUAAUGGCGUGUACGGCGGCCACAGACAAGUAUUGCCGCGAUCUGGCGCCAUCGCAGCCCGUUAUAAUAUUGCAAGAAGGUUCCAAGCGCCACGAGUACAACGACAAGAUCGACGCGCACAGGCUGGCGGAGUUUAUACAGCUCAUACUGGAUAGUUACGACAAGUACUGCCGCGAUCUGGCGCCAUCGCAGCCCGUUAUAAUAUUGCAAGAAAGUUCCAAGCGCCACGAGUACAACGACAAGAUUGACGCGCACAGGCUGGCGGAGUUUAUACAGCUCAUACUGGAUAGUUACGACUUGGAGCUGGACGAGCAGCAAGUGCUAGAGGUGAUGGACUCCCGCGAGCGCCGGAACCACUGGCUAGUGGCGUAUUUCCCGGCACACUGCGGCCGCGGCUGCUCGCAGCUGGCGCACGAGUGGCGCCGCGUGGCACAGAAACUCCGGCCGUUAGCGCAAGUGCGCGUGGGCAUGCUACAGUGCUCUAACAACGCUCGCGGCUUCUGCUCCAACGUGCGCUCGCCUUCCGCGCGCCUUUAUCCGCCCGCCGUCGCACACCACUACACUGUAAACCUCCAGCAGUUGUCCGAAGCCCCGUACAUAUUAGAGUGGGCUUUGGAACACAUCGACGACUCCGUGGUCAAGCUCACGUGGCAUAGCUUCAUGAAAACCGUCGCAGUAGAAGAACUCAAUCCGUCCAGUGGUAAAAAGCCUUGGUUGGUGUACUUCCAUUCCCCGCGUUGCUACCGGUGCUACGAGAUGUAUGCAGACUUCGCUAUAACUGGCAUUUUCCUCCAAAAAGCGGUCAACGCGGGCAAAGUGAACUGCGUCAACGAGCGCGGGCUCUGUCAGAACGAACAGAUAUCGAGCUACCCGUCACUACGGCUCUACCUCAACAGGAACCAUAGACAAUCCUUCACCAGCGUGGUCACCAUACAAGUCAGAGACCACGAACUAAUGAUACAGGACAUCAGAAGACACUUGAUAAAGUACGACGAGAAUUUAUUAGACGCUGUAGAUAAUAUUGUAAGGAGUCAAGGGAUCCAUGCGAAGCAUGAUGAGUUUUAGCCAAAUUAAUAAUUUAUAUUUAAAAUUAAUAUUAGCAAUAAAUCCAGUGAUAAGUAGGAAUUGAAUUGCAAUAUUAAUAGAAUCGUUUGUGAUAAUGUGCCAGUUAGACACUUGGGUGGUAACAUCACUUUCUAUUACCACAAAUUCUCAAUAUUGAUCUGUCUAAUAUUUAAAAAAUAUACACCACUACAUUUUUAUCACCGAAAAAAAAAAUUCUGGGUAAUGAGUUAUUGAUACUGAUCCUAUUUAUGCAAAAAAAAAGUUAAAUAAAGCUACUCAAAAUUUCAUCCCAAAAUUGGUAAUAUUUGGACACACGCGUCGCUAGCACUAUUUACGCUCAACGCAAGGCCGCCCGUUACUAUGGAGAGAGAUGCGACGUUGCCGGCCCGACGCUUCCUAAAGGCGGCGGUGCAC